UUUUGAAAUUUGGAUUUGGUAAUUUGUCGAAUCAUGUACCUGAUUUUGUAAGAUGGUUAUUGUUGCGGACACCUUUGACUUAUUCAUGAGAUUUCUUGAAUCUAUAGUUCUACUUCGCCCAAAUAAAUCUGAGAUCUUAUUUAGACCAAUUGUGGGGUGAUUUAUAAAUAGGAAAUGGCUACCAAAGGCAAUGUAAGUAUCAAGAUUGAGGAUGGUGAUGAUGUUGAAGUGAGAGGUGUAGCCGAUUCCCUGUGGUCGAAGAAAAAUGAAGCAUUUUUUAUUGACAUUAUGGAGGAGGAGGUGAAAAUAAUGGGUAGUAGAGAUACCGGGACUUUUCAGAUAAAAAGUUGGGCUAGGAUGAGGAAGAGUCUUUCUGCUAGAGCUAAAUACGAAUACUCUGAACUGCAAAUAAAAAAUAAGUUCAACCAGCUACGCACUAUGCACACCAAAUUUAAGAGCCUUUGUGACCAAAGUGGCGUUGGGUGGUGUGCAGAAAAAGGUACUGUUACUGCUGAUGAUACCCUCUGGGAGAAGCUAUAUAAGGUAAUGGAAGUAUCUAAUGCUCGAAACGAUGUCGUUGCUGACUCAGAUAACAUGGUCUUUGAAGAAGGCCAAUCAUCAGAGUCUGUCAACAAUAUAUGCAAGUCUGCCGGCCAUGUACAUGACUAUGAAAGCUCAAACACAAUCUCUCUCAAGUUGGGCCAAAUGGAGUCUAGCGAUGACAGUGACAAGGAAUUGGAGUCUGAUUCAGACGAUGAAACAAUAAUCACAUUGGUUACCCUUGCACUACAUGAACAUCAUCAGAAAUACUAUAAUCGUAUUCCAUGUCGAACCUCUAUAUUAAGAGGACACGAUUAUGUAUUAGAGGUUUUAAAUGGUCAUGAUGCAAGGUGUGACGAAGGUUUUCGAAUGGAAACACAUGUUUUUAUUGCAUUUUGUGAGGCGCUUAAAGUACACACUGGGUUAAAGCAUUCAAGGUACUUAACAGUCCAAGAGCAAGUAUGUAUAUUUUUGCUCGUAGUUGGACACAACAGUAGAAAUCGCAUAAUCCAAGAGCGAUUCCAGCAUUCAGGGGAAACCAUCUCUAAGUAUUUUAAACGAGUAUUAAAGGCUGUGUGUAAGCUUGGGAAGCUUAUCAUUCAACCCCCCCCAUUUGAUGAGGUCCCUCCAGAGAUUAUGAACAAUCAAAAGUACUGGCCAUUCUUUAAGAAUUGUAUUGGUGCUAUAGAUGGUACACAUAUCGAUGCAAAGGUUCCUGCUCGUGAGCAAAUUCCAUACCGUGGGAGGCACAAGACCACAUCACAAAAUGUAAUGGCUGCAUGUUCAUUUGAUAUGAGAUUUACUUACGUCUUGUCGGGUUGGGUGGGAACGGCAAAUGACUCACGAGUGCUUUGUGAGUGUGCGAAUAAUCCAGCAAUGGAAUUUCCCAUGGCACCUCUAGGUAAGUAUUAUGUGGUUGAUUCGGGGUAUCAAAAUAUGCCUGGGUUUCUAACGCCAUACAAGGGUGAGCGGUACCACUUGUCCUUGUUCCGUGGACGUAGACGAUUACCUACGAAAGAAGAAGAAUGGUUCAAUUAUCGUCACUCGUCCCUUCGCAACGUGAUAGAGCGCUGCUUUGGUGCAUUGAAGGCGCGAUUUCCUAUCUUGAAACAAAUGCCUAAAGGCUUUAGUGUGCGGACCCAAAAAUAUUUGCCAACCGCUUGUUGCACCGUCCACACAACAAGGAAGAUUUGA